CGGCCAAAUUGACGAAAUGACAACUGGGAAUUGGGCCGCCUUUCUUUCAUGGGCUAUAGGUUCAAACAGAGAUAGUCGGCCCAAAAUUACCUUCAGCCCAGCCUUUACUUUAGCUAGGGCGGCAUGAGAGAAGAGAACCAAAAAACAUGACAAAAAAAAAUGGAGUUUCGAAAGGCAGGCAGAGAGUUCCCGCCCGAUUUUCGAACUCUCCAGAGAAUGGCCGCUGGCGAGCCGACGGCGAACGCAUCAUCGUCGACCGAGGAACAACUAAAGCUCGCCGUAGUCGUAUCUUUUCUCCGGUCGAAGCUCCUCCACAAACAACUACCUAGCCAGCCGCCACAGCCGCCGGAUUCUUCUUCCGGCUCCGACGUCCUUCGCUGGAAGCGUAAGGCGAAGGAUCGGAAACAGGAGAUUGCCCGAUUGAGAGAGAGGAUCUCAAGGAAGCCGAAGAUGCUUCUUCUCAGUGUGAUUUGUUUCCCCAAACCGCCGUGCUACUUCUUUGACCAUGUGGGGAAAUUACGAUUCGAGGACGCCGGAGAUGGCUCCGUUUCUAGAUUCAACGAUGUCCUCCGUCGCAGUGAGAAUGAGAAGCACAUGCGGCGAAAUAGGGACGAUCCAAGUCUUAGAUUGCGGUUUCCAGAGUUGAGCAGUGAAAAUGAAGUGGAUCAGCUUAGGGCUUCCGUUGAUUUCCUUGUGGAGCUCUGUGCUUCUCCUAUGGAGGAGGCCAAUUUCGCUAACUGGUCUCACCAGGCUGUUGAUUCGUUCUCUGAGAUCUUAGGGAAGGGCAAGUCACACGCCUGUGUUCGAUAUGUUGCCCUUCCACAUCGAGAUGACUCCCAUCGUGUCGCGCCAUUGAUCACCGGUCUCAACUCCAGCACUUGCUGCGUAAGCUGGGAAGUGAACCUUACAAUGGACAGCGCACACUUCUUUCAGUCUGCGAAAGGGAUCCAGCUGAUUGAGUUUCUGGUCUCGGAUCACUUGCAGGCAUGGUCGAGUACAGACCGAUUCAACAAUGGGCUGAUGGAAGGGUGGGUGGCAUCCAUCCUUUCUCCACGCCAGGAAAGCGCUGCAGCUUCUGGAGCGCAGGCACGGGCUCUCUACGUGGAUCGAGUUGCCAACGAACUGGCGAAGCAAGUCUGUCGAGAUUCGUCAUUCCAGAAGCUCAACCAUCAGCUCCUUGAUGAUCUAUUCAACUAACAUGGGAAAGCUACUGCUCUGCCAUACCACAUGUGGUAGCAGGAUGUGGAACUGUCUCUUUAGAGGAUCUUUGACAUAAGAAAGCAAAGCUGGCUUGUAAAGAACAUAUUCUUGCCUUAGUUCUUUGCCGUCCUAAUUAUGCUAUUAUUUCUGCAUUGUCAAUUCAUCCACUCAAAGUAGCAGAUUCUUGCCUGUUGGCCCUGGAAAGCAAAAGCAAGCAUGUGAUUGAUUUGUCAAAACAAACAAUUUUUUUUUAUAGUUCUCUUCUGUUCUCCUCUCUUUAGAUUCUCAAGUUACUUAUUUUAGUAGUAAGAUGAACAAAUGGAUGUCAUUUGGCUCGAUUCCAUGUUAUUAGGUUGAGUGCAUCUCUACUUGAAUUGUAUCUGUAAAGUGAAAAUGAUAUGUGGAACUCACUUAUAUAGAGUGACUUUCCGAAUAUUUCGUACCUCCAAGUGUAAAUUGAAAUCAUUCCGAAUAUAGAGUGUCAUCUCACUUGUCCAACGAUAUGAAGAAUUUGGAAUUGCACUCUGUAAAAAUGGGAUCACAUAGUCGCAUUGAACUAAAUAAUUGCUUUCGCAAAUACAUCUUUCACGAUAACAUAUAAAAUGAAUACAGUGCUAUCAA